AUGUACGGCGAGCUGGGCACCAAGCUGUGCCAGCACGCGAAAAGAACCCUGGCUCUUCAAAAUCUUCCUCCACACCAAAGCGAGAUCUGCCAUCAGGUGAUACUCGAGACGCGCGAAAUCGCAAAUCGUAUCACGAGUUCUCAGGCUUCCUUCAACCCCUCGGCGGACCCGGCUGCCGCAUGCGCGCUCCUCGUCGACCACCUCGCCAUGCGGCGCAACAAACGCUGUCUGCUGGCAUACCACCGGACGCGCUCGGAUAAGCUGGAGGAGAUGUGCUGGAACGGCAUAGAUGUGCUCGAGCGGCAGCAGCAGAUGCAGCAGCAACAGCAGCAGGGACAGCAGCAAGGCGCCAAGGACCUGAGCGGCGACAUGGGCAGCGGCAGCAGCCUGAGUCCCGAGGAAGAGGAAUACGUGAGGCAAUACAGCGAUCUGCUCGCUGCCUACAAGGGCCAGUGGACUGAUAUUGACCUCACCGGGAGCCUGGAGCCACCACGCGAUUUGUUCAUCGACGUACGCGUACUCAAGGACGCAGGCGAGAUCCAGACGGAGUAUGGUGCCAUCACCUUGACGAAGAACAGCCAAUUCUACGUGCGUCAGGGCGACGUCGAACGGCUCAUCCAGCAGGGAUACCUCCAGCGGCUCACUUGA